AUGUAUCGGCCGGGGGUGUGCGGGGUCCUGGGCCGGGCGUGCCUGCUGCUGCUGCCGCCCUGCGCUCUGGUGCUAGCGGCGGUGCCCGGCUCCGCGUCCCACCCGCAGCCCUGCCAGAUCCUGCGGCGCAUCGGGCAUACGGUGCGAGUCGGGGCCACUCACCUGCAGCCCCGGGCCGCCGCCGCCUGGCCCGGGGAAGCGUCAGACGAGCGACCCGAGGGGCCGUGGGGCCGGCGGGCGGGGGGCGGCGCAGGACAGCGGCGGCCGCAACCCUCGCCGCGGGACGCCCUGCUGCUGGCCGUGGCCAACCUGAACGGCGUGCCCGGGCUGCUGCCCUACAAUCUGUCCCUGGAGGUGGUGAUGGCGAUCGAGGCGGGGCUAGGCGACCUGCCCCUCUUCCCCUUCUCUUCAGCCAGCGCCUCCUGGAGCAACGACCCCGUCUCUUUCCUACAGAGUGUGUGCCACACCGUGGUGGUGCAGGGGGUCUCCGCCAUCCUCGCCUUCCCGCAGAGCCGUGGGGAGAUGCUGGAGCUCGAUUUCAUAUCGGCCGCGCUGCGCAUCCCGGUGGUCAGCAUUGUGCUGGGCGAGAUCCCCCGGCGGAGCCUGAACCCCCUUCACCUGCAGAUGAGUUUAGAAAACUCACUGAGUUCUGAUGCUGAUGUCACUUUCUCGAUCCUUGCAAUGAACAACUGGUACAAUUUCAGCCUCAUGCUAUGCCAGGAGGAAUGGAACAUCACAGAUUUUCUCUUCCUCACACAACAGAGCUCCAAGUUCCACCUGGGAUCCAUUAUAAACAUCACAGCAAAUCUCACUUCAACCAGUGACCUUCUGAACUACUUGCAGUUUUACUUGGAGAGCAUCAAAGACACAGCGUCGACCAUGGUGAUGUUUGGAUGUGAUAUGGAGAAAACGCGGAGAAUUUUUGAGAUAACUACGCAGUUUGGUGUGAUGCCUCCAGAACUGCACUGGAUUAUUGGGGAUUCACAGAAUGUGGAAGAGCUAAGGACAGAAGGUUUGCCCCUUGGUCUCAUUGCUCACGGCAAGACGACUCAGUCAGUCUUCGAGCAUUAUGUGCAAGAUGCCAUGGAGCUGGUAGCCAGGGCUGUGGCAGCAGCCACCAUCAUCCAGCCUGAACUGGCUCUCAUUCCAAGUACAAUGAACUGCAUGGACACAGAUGAAAGGAAUAUCACUUCAGGCCAGUAUUUGUCAAUGUUUUUAGCCAACACAACUUUUGAUGGUCUCAGUGGCCACAUUAAGGUGAAGGGCUCAUCCAUUGUCAGCUCAGAAAAUAACUUCUUCAUCUGGAAUCUACAGCAUGACCCUGUCGGGAACCCGAUGUGGACACGCCUGGGGAGCUGGCAAGAAGGGAAGAUCAUCAUGGACUAUGGGAUAUGGCCAGAACAGACACAGAGACAUAAAAGUCACAUGCAACACCCCACCCGCCUGCAUCUGAGGGUGGUGACUCUGAUUGAGCAUCCCUUUGUCUUCACAAGAGAUGUAGAUGAUGAAGGUCUUUGUCCAGCAGGACAGCUGUGCCUGGAUCCACUGACCAAUGAUUCAGGUGUGCUGGACAACCUGUUUGAAACUCUACAAGGGGGUAAUGACACUGUUGCCAUUGAGCUGAAGAAGUGUUGCUAUGGCUACUGCAUUGAUCUGCUGGAGAAGCUGGCUGAAGAUAUGAACUUUGAUUUUGACUUGUACAUUGUUGGGGAUGGAAAAUAUGGUGCCUGGAAGAAUGGCCACUGGACAGGGCUGGUGGGAGACCUUCUUGCUGGUACAGCUCACAUGGCAGUGACAUCAUUCAGCAUCAACACUGCCCGAAGCCAAGUGAUUGAUUUCACCAGCCCUUUCUUUUCAACCAGCUUAGGGAUCCUAGUGAGGACCAAAGACACUGCAGCUCCUAUUGGAGCUUUUAUGUGGCCACUUCACUGGACUAUGUGGCUGGGUAUAUUUGUUGCUCUUCACAUCACAGCUAUAUUCCUCACCUUGUAUGAAUGGAAAAGUCCUUUUGGAAUGACCCCUAAGGGAAGGAACAGGAACAAAGUCUUCUCUUUCUCCUCUGCCCUCAAUGUCUGCUAUGCAAUUCUGUUUGGAAGAACAGCUGCCAUCAAACCCCCAAAGUGCUGGACUGGAAGGUUUUUAAUGAAUCUCUGGGCUAUUUUCUGCUUGUUUUGUCUGUCAACGUACACAGCCAACUUAGCUGCUGUCAUGGUGGGAGAAAAGAUCUAUGAAGAACUUUCUGGAAUACAUGACCCAAAGCUCCACCACCCAUCCCAAGGGUUCCGCUUCGGCACAGUGCGGGAGAGUAGCGCGGAGGACUACGUGAAGCAGAGCUUUCCCGAGAUGCACGAGUACAUGCGGCACUACAACGUCCCUGCCACCACCGACGGAGUGGCCUUCCUGAAGCAUGAUCCAGAGAAACUUGAUGCCUUCAUCAUGGAUAAGGCACUCUUAGAUUAUGAAGUGUCAAUAGAUGCCGACUGCAAGCUCCUAACUGUGGGAAAACCCUUUGCCAUUGAAGGAUAUGGUAUUGGUCUUCCCCCCAACUCUCCACUAACCUCAAACAUCUCUGACCUGAUCAGCCAGUACAAAUCCCAUGGCUUCAUGGAUGUUCUGCAUGACAAAUGGUACAAGGUUGUUCCUUGUGGGAAACGAAGCUUCGCUGUCACGGAGACACUGCAGAUGGGGAUAAAGCAUUUCUCAGGGCUCUUCGUGAUGUUGUGUGUUGGCUUUGGUUUGUCCAUUCUCACCACCAUUGGGGAACAUAUCAUGUACAGAUUGGUCCUGCCACGAAUCAAGAAGAAAUCCAAGAUGAAGUACUGGCUCCAUACCAGUCAGAGAUUACAUCGUGCUCUGAACAAUUCAUUUAUAGAGGAAAAACAUCAGUCUAAGAAAAAACGAGUAGAAAAGAGGGCCCACAUGGGAAACAGCCAACAUGCAGUGUGGAACACAGCCAACCUGGACAACUGCCACCGAAAAAAAUACGUCAACACUGAUGAGGGGCAAAAUCAGGUGACCAUCCAUCACCAGGGCAUGCCUCUGCCACAGCGGAAGAAAGAGUCUCCGCCUUCUUUAACCACCAAUGGGAAAGCAGAGUCCCUCAACACUGCAAGAACCUCAGUGCUGCAAGAGCUGACAGAGCUGGAGAAGAAGAUCGAAAUCAUCAAGCAGGAGCUGCAACUUGCCAUUGUCAGGAAAUCAGAGCUGGAAGAGUACGCAAGGACAAACAGAACUGCAGAGCCCUAAGCCAGUAUACCUGGGCCCUUCCCCUUUUCUUCCUUUCUCCCCUUCCUCUAUAAAAUCUGUAACACACUUUUGUAAUGUCAGAAAGAGGUGCCAAAACAAAGCAGGCAAUAAGAGAGCAGAAUUGCAGCAGCUCAAAACACCUGCUACCCUCCUGGAUCCCCCUCUUUUCACAACAAGUUUCUUACUGUCUUGGAACACAGCAGCCAUACCCAAAGGACUUUCCUAAAGGAGAGACAAGGAGCAUACCAAUGAGAGUUCGUCAUUUUUCCACUCGACAGUACAGUGAGCUUCUACUUUUUUAGCUCUUUCUGCGCAUUAAUUUAAAAAAAAGAUACCAAAAAAAGGUUUAAAAUGUUCAUUGGCAGUAUAUCGCUUUGUUGGUAUAUUUUUGUGAUGUUCUAUAUGAGUCUAAUCUCUGUUCAUGUGAUGGCUCCUCAUAGAUGCGUUUUUAUGGCAAAUGCUAUUCUGUGUUAGCAGUCCCUUCCCUCCUGGCACAGGCCCACAAGACAAAUUCCUGAUGGUAAACCCACCAAACACCAUUCUCUCAGAGAGCUGCUUCUCUGAGACUGUGGUGAAGGAACUCACUCAGCUAAAAAUAACUUGACAAACACGAAACCACCCAUUCAUUCUGUGAGCUUAGGCUGGGCUUCCACUCCCUCUCAGAGACAAGCUGUGCAAACACCACAGGACUCAUAAGGCAAGGAUGAGAAGGGAGAGGGGGCACUACUGUAAAUCAGUAUUUACUUCAAAAUGUGAAAUAUUUGCCAGUGUGAAACAAUUCCCAUAAUACUCUCUGUCUUAAGAUGACAAUAAGGUCUUUUCUUCGAGAUGAGGUGACUAAAGGGGCUCUGGACCAUAAUUUUUCAGAUUUCAAGGUCCUAUCAAAACCAAAAGGAGUUAUCAAAUCUGCCCUGUGGAUGAACAAUAAAAAUUGUGCUUUCAGAGGCAAAGUACUGAAUGGAGCUCUCUCCCUCCUGGUUGAUAUGGGGAAGGAAGUGUAAGCUGUUCGGCAUCUUCAUAAACACUGCAUCAAUCCAACUGACUGUGUUUUUUAAAUAGGGUUUCUUCCAAUUUUAAAAAACACCUCCCAAUACAUCCUGUAUGUGAGAAAAGAGAUAAAGAAAAUUUUUAACCGUGUCUCGUAAUUUUGGUCUCCCAGAAAAGUCACCAAAGUAAUUCUUACCUUCUCUGCAUCUCCAGCCACUUGCAGGAAUAUUGUCCAGGGUGUUCUUGUUAGAUGUAGUUCUAAGGCUGCAGGAUGAAGGGUUAUUGCUACUCUAACCUCUGAAAAACUCAUGCACAUGAAAAGCUCUGCAUCUGCACUAAAAGCUGAUCAGAGUGAGACCCAGGAUAAUUAGCCUAAUCAAGAGCUGAUCAUCUGUUUGCUGCUUAGUGGUUGUUCUCUGCUUUUGUGUGUCUCUUCCUUCCAAUGUAGUAACAUGGGGAAGAGAAAUAAAGAAGCAAAACAGUACAGUGAGAUCCACAGGCCUUCUCCUUGGUAAGUGUAAUAGGUCUGGGAUGUCCCUAUAUUCCUGACAAACUUGAUAUACAGGAUGCUGAGAUUACUUUUGUUGCCCUCCCUUUCCCCCCUCCUCCCUCUGGAUAAUCAGCUUUUUAGAAAGGGCUUCUUUUUAUGUAGCACCUGAUACCUCACAACCUCCAAAAUCACUGGACUGGAACGCAUGAAUGUUGCUCUUUUCAAUUAAAACACUGGUAAAGGAGUAUUCCAGUCCGAUUUUGUAAGUACUUUUAUCAAGCUUUUAUGUCCUUAUCACUAUACACAUAAGCCCAGAAACAGACUUGAAAAAAAAGUAAUUGAAAAUGUUAGUCAUACCUUAAAUAAAAAUGUUUUGCUUCAAUACUCCAAACACCAAAUCCUUCAAUUUACCAGACUUUAUUUAAAAGCAAAAAUAAAAAUGGAAAAUUAACAAUGGUUAAGCGUUAUUUCUAGUGGUUGUCGGAGGAGCUUCUCCCAUGUCAAAUGCAGAAUAGGGAUUGCUCUGAAUUACUGCAGCACCAACUGUGCCUUUUCAGAAAAGACCCAAGUUGCUGCUGCCCAACAGAGACAUAUUUUGACGUGUUAUUAUUAUUUUCAUCUACUGCUCCUGAUCCCUUGGAGACUGGAGACUGUUGUGGCUUUCUGUGGGAAGGGGAGUACCACAGGCAUAUCAGUGCCUGCAGACGGUGGCAGAGGGGAGGGUCUGCUAUGACAGAAGAUGUAUGGGAGACUGGAGAUGA